AUGGUGUUUAACGAGCUCUCGUCGGUUCUGGAACAGAGACUCAAGGCACUCCUGCACUAUGGUCCUGUGACCGCCUUGAAAGUGUACCAGAAAUGGGUCAUUGCCGGGUAUGGACCUAUUUUAAAGAUCUUUGACUCCACUCAAAACUACAAUUUGAUCUAUAAUCAGCAAUUAUUUGGUAGAAACAAGAUCCAUUCCAUAGCAGUUUCCGAUUCGGCUGACAAGCUCUUCAUCGCAGGAGGACGUUCUUUUGCGGUGCUCAAUAUAGAAACUACACAGGACAACUUGAGUGUUGGUCCAGUAGUUGAGAAGGCUAUCAAUGAAUGGGUUGUCUGUGGAACAUUCCUUGACUCAAAUACCUUGUUAAUCUUGACUGCCCAUAACAUGGUUUAUAAGGUCGAUUGUACCAGCUUUGAGAUCUUAGAAAAAAUCCAUUGUAAUGAGAAAUCUAUUUUAUAUAGUGGUUCCAUUAGAAUCACAAAAGAUAAUCGUGUGCUUGUAGCAGCUGGUACAGUGAUGAGUGGGGUAUUGAUUUGGGACUUGAAUACAAGAAAGAUCUUGUAUAACUUGACCGAACAUGAAGGUUCCAUUUUUGGUGUUAAAAUCAACGAUUCAGCUGAAUACAUCAUUUCUUGUUCUGAUGAUAGAUCAGUAAAGAUCUAUGAUUUCUCAACUGGUAAACUUCUUGCUUCUGGUUGGGGACAUGGCUCGAGAAUCUGGAACCUUGAGUUUUAUAGAGAUUCUUCCACUGCUGCUGGAAUCAAGAUAUUCAGUACUGGGGAAGAUUGCACCGCCCGUUUAUGGCAAUAUAUUCCCGGUUCUGAUCAGUUGGAGGUUCUUGAUGUAAUGGAUUGUCAUUUAGGUAAACAUGUUUGGUCUGGAGAUAUAGAUGAUGUAUCCCUUCAACUCUGUGUCACCGGUGGAGCUGACGGUCGUGUCAUUCUUCAUGACUUGAACCACAUUGCCACUGUAAAACAUACAUUGGAUGAAAUCUCUGAACAAACUGGAUCCACCUUUAUCAAGAAGGAAACUGUUAAGCAAUACUUUGAAUUGACAAAUUUGGGUUUAUUUGUGGUUUUAACCUCUAAUGGACAAAUCUUUAUCUUGAAUCAAUCUCAAGGUAAAUGGUCUAAAUAUGAAUAUGAAGAUGAUCAUAAAUUAAAAGAUUUUGGACUUUUGAAAGGAUUUAAUGACAUAAAUAGCCUUGUCAUUUCUGCCCGUAAUGGUGACCUUCUUCUUAUGUCAUUUUCUAAGGAUGGAACCGUGGCGUCACAAUGGCUCCUUGACGAACAUCUUAAUGGAAAUAAAGUUGCUAACAUUUUAAUUAGUUCUGAUGUUCGUCAAAACCAGUACUAUGUGUUAACCGACUGUCCAAAUCCUAAAUCUCCUCUUGUUCUCAGAACUUUUACGUCAAGUUCAAAUGGUCUUUCAUUGCAAAAUACCACUCUUUUAGUACAACCAGAACAACUGAGUUUCACCACUACUUGUAUGAUUGUUGACCCUGUUAAUCAAUGGAUUAUUUUGGGAUCAAGAUACGUUAGUGUUGCUGUUUACGAUUUAUCAAGUGGCGAUGAAAAAAUUCAUUUAGGUAAGAUUUUUAAAAAAAUCUCUAGUGGUGACACCAUAACAUCCAUCAGUGUAAUCUCUUCAGUUGAUGGAUACAUUGAAUUUCUUAUGACUGUGAGGGAUGGUAUUUAUAUGUACUUGAAGCUUAAUUCGAAUUUCGAGCUCGAAAUAACCCAUAAGAAUAAAAUAUCCAGGGGUUUUGUCGAAGGUGGUUUCAUUCAAGAUAAUGACUUAAUCUUAUAUGGAUUUAAGUCAUCAUAUUUUUACCUCUGGAACGAAUCUAAACAAUUGGAACUCCAUAAUGAACUUUGUGGUGGCUCUCAUAGACAGUGGGACUUCGUCAGAUACCCAGCUAACUCAGUCUUAGAUUACAAAUUCCUUUACAUCAACAAAUCUGCUGUUAAUAUCAAGCUGUUCAAGAAUAGAUUCAGCAAUAGCAUUAUACAUACCGGAACUCAUGGAAGAGAAAUCAGAGAUGUUACAAUUUCCGAAUUUUCCGAGUCCAAUUCGAAAUUAAUAUUGACUGCUUCAGAAGACACUACUGUGAGAUUAGGAAAGAUUCACUCAAAUGGUAAUAUAGAAACUUUCUGGUCUUUGAAUGGACACGUUUCCGGACUUCAAAAAGUUAAAUUUUUGAGUCGAGAGUAUGCCGCAAGUUCGGCUGCAAAUGAAGAGUUCUAUAUUUGGAAGAUAACUGAAAGUAAGGAUUUGACCCCUACAAUUAUGGAUUUUGCUAAACUUAAACCAAGUUCAAGUAAUCCAGAUUUGAGAAUCAUGGACUUUGACACUUACCCUCGAUUUGAUGAAAAUGGUAAACUUGUUGGUUUUGUCAUUUGUACUGUUUAUUCUGAUUCAAACAUAAAGAUUUGGCAUUUUGAUAUAGAAACUAAAAAUUUCAAACUUGUUAUUGAUGGACAUUAUACUACAUGUUGCUUGUUGAACGUUCACUUCCUCCAAUGUGGCGAUAGAGUCUUACUUAUGAUCGGAGCUACGGAUGGUCAUCUAGCCAUUUGGGAUGUUACCAAACAAGAUGAAAAGGCUGCCUUGGGUAAAGUUCUCAUUAAGCAACAACUUCACCAAUCUGGUAUUAAGGCCACACUUAUAUUGAGCCACACCGAAGAAAAGGUGGUAAUUGUAACCGGUGGUGAUGAUAACUCACUUAUUGUCUCGUCAUUGAUCGUUACUUCUGAUCAAAUUUCGUUCGAAACUAAUGCAUUCCAAGAAAGGGCUGCUUCAUCGACAAUUACCUCAGUGAAUAAAUUAAAUGAUACACAUGUCCUUGUCACAUCCGUGGAUCAGAUAAUAAGAACUUGGCUUGUACUGGAUACAUCGUUAAGCUGUGUAUCCGCUAAGUACACCACUAUCGCUGAUACUGGCUGCAGCGAUACAACCGUAUUGGAUAAGAAGACUAUUGCUGUCAUUGGAGGGGCUGGUUUAAGUUCUUGGGAGUUUGUAAAUUAG